AUGAAACCAGAAUCUUUAGUUAUGAAAAUAAUACAAGCUAUUGAAACAGCUUCCCCAACUGUAAUAACUUUCAAUGGUAAAAAAAUCAGCAUAACUAAAAAACGUAUUGAUAAUCACAAAUAUUGUAAAGUCAGAGACGAUAUAGACUUAGAAAGAAUUGACGCGAACGCAAAAGAAAGUGGAUUUUUACCUUUCCUACUACCUUUAAUAUUUGGUGGUAUUGCAGCGGCGGGUGCAGCAACUGGCGGAAUUUCUGCCAUAGUCACAGCUGCCAACGCAAAGAAAGCAGCUGAUGCUAAAGCCGCUGAAGAACGCAGACAUAAUUUAAUAAUGGAAAGGGAAGCCAAGGGUUCAGGAGUGGGAGAUAUGAUAGGCACAAUAAAAGAAUUUGGAAAAAGAAACCAAGAAAACUGUUAA